AUGUCAAAAGUGAUGAAGAAACCAAAAGUAUCGAUCGAUCAAAAGACUACACGUAUGCCAAAGAACGAACUUAUAGAUUUACUAUUUGGUGCUUUUGAAAAGUACACAUAUUGGACAUUACGUGGAUUAAAAGAUUAUGCGAAACAACCCGAGUCAUAUUUAAAAGAUGUGUUAAAUGAAAUUGCUAUACUAAACAAACGUGGACCAUAUAAUAAUUGCUAUCAUUUAAAACCUGAAUAUAGCCAACAAUCGUCAAAUGCAUCAGAAUCUACUGCACCAUUAGGAUCAGAAGCGCCUGCUGCUGAAACUAGUAAAGAAGUUGAAGAUGAUGAUUUUGAGUUUGAGAAUAAUGAUGAUAUUGAAUAUAAAUUGGAAUCUGACGAUAAAAAUUUAUUUAAAGAUGAUUAA